ACAGUGCGACCGCUCUGUUCGUUAGCAACAUGCAUUUUUCAUUUGCAUAUCCAAAUACAACCACAUUUUCACUGGGGACCUUUUCAAACACUUCGCAACAAAUAUGGAGAAUUUCGAACAAACCUACGCCGACGGUACGGAAGAGAUCCCGUCGACGGCAAGUCCUUUCGACGAUCACAACUACGACGGAUUCGACCAUUCCCAUCGUUAUGAGUUCGAUGUUACCUCCGCCGAUGACGGCGGCGAUGUUCCUCCGCCGAUGCCGUCUGAUAUAGAUGAUUUUUCUGCAGGUGAACAGCCGCAUUACUAUCAUGAUAACAUGCAGUCGCCGGAGAAUAGUGGAUUUGCUCCAUCUCCUAAUCGCGAGUAUCAAGGUUCACCUUUUCAUGAGACAUUGGAGGGUAAUCAAGGAUCUGAUGUGCAAUCUAAGACAUAUGAUCUCGGAGCUGAUACGGAUGGCCUUUUUUCAUCCGGUACUGAUGGACCGUUGCUUCCUGAUCCUACCGAGAUGCGUGAGGAAGGUGCUGCUUUUCGAGAAUGGCGUCGCCAAAAUGCCAUUUAUCUUGAGGAGAAGGAGAAGAAGGAAAAGGAAAUGAGGAAUCAGAUUAUUGCUGAAGCUGAGGAGUAUAUACGAGCAUUUUAUGAAAAACGGACACUCAAUUGUGAAUCGACAAAAGCUAAUAACCGAGAAAGGGAGAAAUUAUACCUGGCCAACCAAGAGAAAUUUCACAAAGAAGCUCACAAACAAUACUUUAAAGCAAUUGCAGAGAUUAUACCCCGUGAGGUCCCUAAUAUUGAGAAGAGGCGAGGCAAGAAGGAGGAGGAGAAGAAGCCUUCAGUUUCAGUCAUCCAGGGCCCAAAGCCUGGGAAACCCACUGACCUGUCUAGAAUGCGCCAACUUUUUCUCAAGCUGAAGCAGAACCCUCCCCCACAUAUGCUACCUCCUCCUGAGAAAGACAAGGAUGGUAAGGAUGGAAAGGAAGGCAAGGAUGCCAAGGAUGGUAAGGAAGGCAAGGAUGCCAAGGACGGAAAGGACACCAAGGAAACGAAGGAAGGAAAGGAUGCCAAAAAUGAAAAGAUUUCCACACCAAAGGAGGCUAAGGAUGGCAAAAAUGAGAAAAUCGCAACACCAAAGGCGUCUAAGGAUGCCAAAAAUGAGAAAAGUCCCAAAGGAAAAGCAGCUAAUGAUGCCAAGAACGAGGAAAAUGCCGCACAACAAGGAUCUCCAGCUGCUGCUAUUGACAACGAUAUUUCAUCAGUCAAGGAUGCAGAGGCUGCACAACAAGGAUCUCCAGCUGCUGCCAGUGUUGGUACUCCAAAAGAAUCAAAGGUGGAUACACCAACUACAGUCGCAGACGGAAAAGUUGCAGAAAGUGAUUCUACCUCAACUGCAUAAGUUAGUUCCAAUACUGCAUUUUCUCUUCUAGCUUAAUUAGUUCUUAAUUAUGUUUUUCUAGAGUCAUUAUCAUUUAUUCAUUCUUUAUACCUUGUUGCUCUCUUUCUAGUAACAUAUAAGA